AUGCACGCCGCUGGCCUCUUCCUGCUCGCCACCGCAUCGUUUACAGCGGCGGAUAUUGUCGGCGAUGGCACCCGCCAGUACGCGAGCCAGGGCGCCUGCAUGGACCCGACGACGCAAAUCACUGUUUGCUUCCGGCCCGGGGCCAACCCCUCGAAUCCCUCGUUGACACAGACCGAGUGCGAGGCGGCUAGCAACGUCUGGUACGCCAAAGGUGCUGUCGGCUCCGACGGCUGCUGCCUCUGCGACUCGAACUGCGACCACUCGCUGGAGACGGCGGCCGCCGGCACCUGCAACUACGCCGACACGAGUGCGGGGAGCUGCAAAAUUGCCGCAUCGGGUCAAGUGAUAUGUGACGUGACGGCGGGCCAAUGCACUUCCCCGAACGUCUGGUCCGCAGCCGGCGCGCUCGACUCGGACGGCUGCUGCUUCUGCGACGAGACGUGCGACCAUUCGGCCGAAACGGGGACGGACUGUCACUUGGAAGGCUACGCCGAUGAAUCGCAGAGCGACGGCGCGUGCUACAGUGCUACGACGCACACCGUCGACUGCGACAUCGGGCACGCGGCCUGCGACGUCAUGGGCGCCUACUGGUAUUCCCCGGGCUACAUUAGCGGUUCCAGUGGCUGCUGCUGGUGCGACGCGUCGUGCGACCACUCGCUCGAGACGGGCACGGACUGUAGCAGCUUUUACUCCGGUGGUCACGGCGCCGAGUACACAUUUGCGCCAACGCCCUGGCCAAUAAUGUACAACGACUGGGGAACCGGCAACGGUUGGUGCUCCUCCGACCUGGACGAGUAUGUUGGCGACGCGUCCGAUGCCGCGGCCUGCUGGACGAUGUGCGAAGAUAGGUACGGUUCCGACCUCGUGGCCAUCGACUGGACUCCUGACGGGGAGUGCUACUGCCAGGACGACUGUCAGUGCAUGGAGGCCAUGGAGGACGGCGACAUCCACCUGAUCACGUCGAGCGACGUCGCGGUGCUCCCCGACGCGUGCGUGUCUGCGUGCCCCGCGGAAGAGACGGCUUGGGUAGACUGCCUCAGCAACCAAAAUAGCCUCGACGACGACGACUGCGGCGGCGGCGGCGAUUACUUCCUCGCCACUGGCGGGCAAAGCUGCGACGAUGCCUGUGCGUCUUCUGGAGGGUGCGAUCUCGCAGCGACCACGGCAGCGGCGUCCAGCCUGGAGACAUGCAAGAGUAUCCUCGACGACCUUGGCGUCAGCUACGGCAUGUCGACCGGCCCAGGCACUUCGGUCGAUAGUAGCGGCUGCACCUAUCAUCCGGGGCAGUCUGGAUGGGCGCAAUUGUUCGGGAAUCCAACGUGCGGCACGGUCGACCCUGACGUUUCGCGCCAGCGCGUCUGCGCGUGUAACUGCGGGACGCCAGGUGGCGACGACGACGACGACGACGACGGCGACGACGACGACUUUUCGCCGAAUACCUGCGCCGACGUGCAGCAGUGGCUCUCGGAUGGAUUGUGCCAAGAUGGGCCCGCCGUCUGCCAAACGGAGUACCAGGCGUACGUCGAGUGCACUUACGAGGACGCGGCCCAGAGCUUCCUAGGCCUCACGUGCGAUUUCGCCUGCGCGAGGGACUGCCCGGCCGGCUCGUUCGACAACCUCGAGACGUGCGAAGACUGCGACGCCCUCGACGGCGACUGCGCGGACUGCGAGUGCCGGGACUUCGACCAGGUCGCCGAGGCCAAUUGCAAGGCGGCCUGCCUGCCCGCGCCGGUUGUCACGGGUAGCAUAUCGCUCUCCGGGAUCACGGCGGAGGACGCAGAGGCGAACAAGGCGGUGCUCCAGGACGCCAUCGCGCGAGUCGCCGGCGUGGACACCGAGGCCGUGACGAUACAGAGCGUGGCGUCGGCGCGCCGCCGACUCCAGGCCAGCGUUAUCGUGGACUACAAGAUUGAGGCGAACGAUUUCGCCGCGGCCGAGGAAGCCUCCGAGAAGCUCCAAGACGCGGCCGACGACACCUCGAUCAUCGAAGCAGAGAUCGAAUCCUCGGCGGCGGCCGUUGGCCAGGAGGCGGUCUUCAUGAAUGUCAAGAUCGAAGAGCUGAGCGUGGCCGUCGUGACCACGGAGGCCCCCACCGCCGCGCCGACGACGUACUGGGACAACAAGAAGAGACGGAUAGACGACGCCACGCUGCUCAUCCUCAUCAUCGUAUGCUGCGUCGCCGUAUUCUGCUGCCUCCUCGCGCUCGGUACGGCGGCCGCCUUCGGUGCUUUUGGGAGCUGUGCCUGCUUCGCGAAGAAAAAGAAGAUGCGCGUCGCCGAGCCGUCGGCGCCACCCCUGGCGCACGCGACCGUGAUGGCCGAGGCGCCGCCGGCCAUGUCGCCCAGGUCCCUGGCCAAGACUCAGGAGCACAUCCGCCGCACGGCCGCGCUGAUGGCCGAGGCGCCGCCGUCACCCCCGGGACCGCCGCCGCUGGCGCCGAUCAAGGCGACGGAGACGCUUCCCGCCGAAAUGCCCUGAGCUCCCCAGGCGCGCGCCCCCGAUGGCCG